AUGGGAUGCAAUCCUCGAGAGAUCGAGGAGUGGUCACUCAAGACCCUCCGAAACAUUCUCAGCGGCCACUUUACAAUACAACAAAUUCCCGAGUUUCUUGCUGAUGUUGCUGUGUGUCCGCUGUCAGAGUUAAGACACUUGGCCCCAGUAGACAACUUCACAGAUUCGAGCCGGUACUUACUUAUUCAAAUGAAAGGGUCUAAGACUGACCCUAAAAAAUGGAUGAAGAACGUUCGGCACUCACUAAAAACUAAAGCAAAAAGCUAUCAUAGUACCGCUCUCGUGGGCCUCUCCAGUCGGAAGCGAGCGGCGCUAGUCGUGCCCGUGAAUCAACACGUUGACUACGCGCAGAUCGACCUUGAUCAACCAGAGUACUGGGUUGCCCGUGGAUAUCUCGCUGGUCACUUGCUGAAGAUGUGGGAGGCGUUUCCAGCAUUCUCCUUGUCCAAAGUUGGCGAACAAACAUCGACUACCCGCAAUCAAUAUAUUGAAAACCGCCUGCGCAACCAGUUUGCCGAGGCGAUGAAGGCAUACGGCGCUUCAUAUGCGAUCAGCGGAAAGGGGUUCGGGCCACUCGAUGGCACGCUUACACUGCGCCGCGGCAAGACUAUCCGGUGUCAGGAGCGCGUUAUGAAGUUCAAACGGGAUAGGGGGAAAAAGGUGGUGGGAUUAUUUGCAAGCACUAAAAGGUAGUAACGGUCUGAGUUAUUAGCUUAGGAGUAGCCUGCUAGAACGAGCCUGACCUGGAGCAUUUAUAACAAUCCCGAUGAGUCUACAUGAGUAUGAGGCUGUGCAGAAUUAUGCCUGUAGAGGUUGGAAGGGGGGGGCAUAUUAUCAGUGACGCCGUGAACAUAAGGCGCCACCACUCGAAGCGCAGCGCUUCUCCAUCCACAAAACACUCUCCCACAGGAAGAAUGGCAAAGGGUACGAAAUUGGCGAAGUGGACGCGCUGACGCUCCAUGUCCGUAGGUCCCCAUCGGCGGAGCACGUUCUCCACGGGACCUUCUGCCUUCCAAUCAAGGAGCUGCAGCAGCAAGGAUUUGCGCCUAAGCUAGGCAACUCCGAAAGCAGGCACAGUCUGAUCUUCAUUAUUCUGGGACACAGGUGCAAGUAAGUCGCUACCUCCAUAGCAAGUCGUCGCCUGGCUAUGUCCUCCUCUUGUAGACAGGGGCUGGCGGGUAGUUGCAACCCUAGAUCCAGCAGAGCUCUUUCAGAUCAGUGAUGUACGGACUCAAGUUGAACUAAAACGAGAACCAACUAGAAUGAAAGUCGAUCCCCAUAAUCGUCCACAACUCGAACGAGAUACACAAUUCAGGUCAAGCGAUUGUCUCCCGUGGCGCAAAGCAGUCGCAUUGUAUCCGAGACUGGGUCUCGAAUAUGUUCGAUACCCAAAGACGAGCUGGGCCGAUGAGUACUUUACUCCAGCACAAAAAAACGAGCCAGAUGUCAGUGGUGGCCUGGAGGUGCUCACCCGUCUCGCCUCUGCGAGCCAGCUUGCCUCCUGA